UAACCCCUCGACUGCUGCCGGACCGCCGUCGCAGAACUUCGCCCUACGAGAUGCGACGCGCCAAGUCUAUAAAGGCCACUGACGCACACAAAAGAAACAGUCUGCCUCCGGUCACCGUCGAUGAUGUAUAUUUAACUCAAAACAUCAACGCGGGACGCAUUUUCUUAUCAUUCCAGAUGUUUAGCGAAAUGAACGAAUAUAGUGUAUAGUUUUGCAUUUGAAUAUCCCUCCGUUUCGGUGACGCAUGCGUAUUACACGCCUUUCUGUGAUUGGUCGUGAACAGGGACUUCCGAAAGCAAUAUGAGUGGAACAAACAGUGUCAGUCGGUCGGCGUGCAACAGCAAAGGCAGUAUGAUCGUCGUGUCAAACAGAUUGCCAUUUAUUUUGAGGCGAAAUGAGAAAACCGGUGAAUUGGAAAGGAAAGCCAGUGCCGGUGGGCUGGUGACUGCGGUGGCCCCGGUGGUCAUCCGCUGCAGCGGCCUAUGGGUGGGCUGGCCUGGCAUUCAUCUAGAGGAUCCCAACGAGAAGAUUCCCGAGUCGGAUCCCAAUGACAAGACUCCUACCGCUGGACUGCUUUCAAAAAAGAUCGUACCCAUCCGCGCGGAGCCGAAGCUCUUCGACAGCUACUACAAUGGCUGCUGCAAUGGCACCUUCUGGCCGUUGUUCCACUCCAUGCCGGACCGCGCGACCUUCAUCGCAGAUCACUGGAGGGCUUACAUCAAGUGCAAUGAGGAAUUCGCCGAGAAGACCGUUUAUGCGCUGCGGCUGCUGAAGCAGAGCAACGAGAGGAAUGGUUCUCCGCCCAUUGUGUGGGUUCACGACUACCAUCUCAUGUUGGCUGCUAAUUGGAUCAGACAGCGAGCUGAAGAAGAUGAUCUCCCCUGCAAAUUGGCAUUUUUCUUACACAUACCUUUCCCUCCAUGGGAUAUCUUCAGGCUGUUCCCAUGGUCUGAUGAAGUUUUACAGGGCAUCUUGGGUUGCGAUAUGGUAGGAUUUCAUAUAACCGACUACUGUUUAAAUUUCAUAGACUGUUGCCAAAGGAAUUUGGGUUGUCGUGUAGACAGAAAAAAUCUGCUGGUCGAAUUGGGAGGCCGUACCAUUUGCGUUCGCCCUCUACCCAUUGGCGUACCAUUCGACAGAUUCGUUCAGUUGGCCCAAAACGCAAAAGCAGUGCUCUCUACAAGUCAAAAAGUGAUAUUAGGAGUCGAUAGACUGGAUUAUACCAAAGGAUUAGUGCAUAGACUCAAAGCCUUUGAACGGUUACUAGAGAAGCACCCCGAACACAUCGAAAAGGUGGUGUUGCUGCAAAUCUCAGUUCCUUCAAGGACUGACGUAAAGGAAUAUCAAGAUUUAAAAGAAGAAAUGGAUCAAUUAGUUGGUAGAAUCAACGGCAGAUUUACCACGCCUAACUGGUCUCCUAUUAGAUAUAUUUACGGCUGCGUCGGUCAAGAUGAGCUUGCAGCUUUCUACCGCGACGCCGCUGUCGCCCUGGUCACCCCCCUGCGCGACGGCAUGAACCUGGUGGCCAAGGAGUUCGUGGCCUGCCAGAUCAAGAAGCCACCAGGAGUGCUGAUCGUGUCGCCGUUCGCCGGCGCCGGGGAGAUGAUGCACGAGGCGCUCAUCUGCAAUCCUUACGAGUUGGAUGACGCCGCCGAGGUUAUUCACAGAGCGUUAAUAAUGGACGAGGACGAACGUACAGUCCGCAUGAACCACCUGCGGCAUCGCGAACAGCUAAAUGAUGUCGACAGCUGGAUGAAGAACUUCCUCAAAGCCAUGGACUCGCUGGAGGAGGAGGCUGAUGACAUCGGAGCUACCUCCAUGCAACCGCUCUCCAUUGACGACUUCGACGAGUAUCUCUCCAAAUACAUCGGCUACACUCAAAAACUUGCGCUUCUCCUGGAUUACGACGGCACACUGGCGCCUAUCGCGCCGCAUCCAGACCUCGCGACCCUCCCGUUAGAAACAAAACACGUGCUGCAGAGACUGUCUAACAUGUCCGACGUCUACAUCGCCAUCGUCUCUGGCAGAAACGUGGAUAACGUCAAAAAUAUGGUGGGCAUCGAAGGCAUCACGUACGCGGGUAACCACGGGCUGGAGAUCCUGCACCCCGACGGCAGCAAGUUCGUGCACCCCAUGCCCACGGAGAUGCAGGGGAAGGUCGUCGACCUUCUCAAGUCGCUACAGGAACAGGUGUGCAAAGACGGCGCAUGGGUGGAGAACAAGGGUGCUCUGCUGACGUUCCACUUCCGCGAGACGCCGGUGAACAAGCGCGCGGCGCUGGCGGAGCGCGCUCGGGCGCUCAUCACGGCGGCCGGCUUCAACGCGCACGACGCGCACUGCGCCAUCGAGGCCAAGCCGCCCGUGCCCUGGAACAAGGGUCGUGCGUCCAUCUAUAUCCUGAGGACGGCGUUCGGGCUCGACUGGAGCGAACGCAUCCGUAUCAUCUACGCUGGUGACGAUAACACCGAUGAAGACGCUAUGCUGGCUCUGAAAGGUAUGGCGGCCACAUUCCGUAUCGCGUCGUCGAACAUCACCAAGACGUCGGCCGAGCGGCGCCUGUCGUCGCCCGACUCGGUGCUGGCGAUGCUGAAGUGGGUGGAGCGGCACUUCUCCCGGCGCAAGCCGCGCGCCAACUCGCUCACCUACAAGAACGCCAGGAAGGCGCGGGAUUCCUUCCACAUGCACAUGACGUACCAGAUCCCGCCCAAGACGUCGCCGAAGCCUUCGCCGCCGCACAGCCCGGACAAAAACUCCAGCGGCACGGAUUCUAGUUAAAUUAUUUAUCUAUCUAGUUCACGUUCUCUGGCAACUGCUGUCCCUUUUGAGCUAACUACUGACAGGCAGCCUUACAUGAGAAAGUCACUUGAUACAAUUAUAUGUAACUCUUUGACCACCAAUAAUUCUGUCGUGUAUCGUGUAAUAUGAAAACGACCUCCUCAUCGUUAUGGUUAUGAGUAAAGUUUAGUUCCGUUCUUAUGUUUGUAAAUGUCAGUUUUUAUUUUGACGAAAAGUCAGUGGUUUAAAGGUAAUGUUGCAGUAAUGGCUACUUUAAGAGCGUUGCUGUUGAAAUGGAACAUUUUUUGUUUAAAAUUGAUUCGUAGAUCAAAAGGCUAAAUUUAUAUUUUUAAAUACUGGCCCGUUUCUGCACUUAGCAUUUUAACUUUCUUGUGUAGAUGUAGAUUGAUUUAUUUAAUUAUUCAAAUACGUAGAAAAUGUUUACCAGUAUUUAAGUAUAUUGUUGUUCCGUUAAGUUCAGUCCAAUUUUUAUUAUAAUUGACUAUUUAUGUGUCACGAAAAAUUUUAUAUAAAUUAUAUGAUAUGAAAAAGUAUAAGCCAUAUCUAUGUGCUUAAUUGCGUCUUACUACAAGUUCUUCGUAAUUUUCGCAUAAUAUUUCUAUAUGUGAUAGGAUAGUGAUAAAUAGGUUUAGGAAAAACAAUGUAGUCAAAAGAAAUUACAAAUGACUGCAAUAAAAUGGUUUAACCUAUUUACCCACUGCACAAUUGCAGCCUUAAAGUUAUGGUUAAAUUUCUUUUGUCUAUAAAAGUUGAUAUAUGGUAGACUAGGUAUUUAUUGAGCCUGGUAUUGAUGUAAUGAGUAAAUGUCCUAAAAUAAGAAAUUCACAUAUAAUGAGAAAAAUAUACAAUAUAAUUGAUUUGAUCAACAAAUAUUAUACUAUUUACGCACUUGGAGGGUUCCUAUUAGUGCACGCAAUACAGGCAAUCAUGUAUUUAGUACUUAGCGUUAUACUAUGUGUCAUCCUAUUGUACGUUGUGAGGAAACUAGUCUAGUUAGCAGAUAGCACCUACCUGAACAAUGCUGCGGCAAACCUAAUUCAAAGAACUGAAAAUCUCGAAUUCCAUAUACUAUAUUUUUAUAACCAUUUUAAUGUUUUACAGGAUUUCAAUAAAAACUAAGUUUGACGGAAAA